ACAAUCAUUGAGGUAUCAGGAACUAAUACAGCAUAUAGUUCUGUGAAGUUGCAAGUUCUUCUCUUUGUGGGAGAACUUCUCACUGCCCACGUCACUACUCCCCUUUCGUCUCCUAAGUUCUAACUCCUCCUCUCUACGCUACCCAAUUAUAUAUUCUCAUGCAAUAUUCAAAGUUAUCUAAAAUUUUCUGAGUUUACUGUUUGAAAGAUUAUUGGAUAUCAUUUCAUUUUAAUGGUGUUUUCUUAGAAAGACCCAAUUUUGAAGACAAAAAUUCUUGUGACGAGGUUUUUGAACAUAACUUCGAUAGGUUAAGUUUUUUAGUUUUGGGGGGGAACAAAAGGAGAGAAAAUCAGAUGGGUUUUAGUGCAGGUGAAUCAGGAAAGAUGAUUGGGAGUAAUUGUAGCAAUUAUGUUGGAUUGAGAAGCUUUGUGAGGAGAAAAAGGGUGGAUUCAAAAUAUAGCAAACUUUCAGAUGGUCAUCAAUUAGCUAAAGCUUUGACUGUUCCUCACCUUGUUGCUAUUGGCGUUGGUUCAACUAUCGGAGCUGGUGUAUAUAUACUUAUUGGAACAGUAGCAAGAGAACACUCUGGACCAGCACUUGCUCUAUCUUUCCUCAUAGCUGGUAUUGCAGCAGGCCUUUCAGCCUUCUGUUAUGCAGAGCUUGCCAGUCGAUUACCUUCUGCUGGAAGUGCUUAUCAUUACUCGUAUGUAUGUAUUGGAGAAAGUGUUGCCUGGAUAAUUGGUUGGGCUUUGAUUCUGGAAUAUACUGUUGGUGGUGCUGCAGUUGCUCGUGGUAUCUCGCCAAAUCUGGCAUUGCUCUUUGGUGGUGAGAACAGCCUGCCUGCCUUCCUUGCUCGUCAAUAUAUUCCUUUUCUUGACAUCACAGUUGACCCUUGUGCUGCAAUACUCGUGUUUGUUGUCACUGGGCUAUUGUGUGUUGGCAUCAAGGAGAGUACAUUUGCACAAGGCAUUGUCACAUCAGCGAAUGUAUGUGCCAUGUUUUUUGUUAUAAUUGCUGGUGCAUACCUCGGGUUCCAAAAUGGAUGGCCUGGAUAUGAGCUUUCUUUAGGGUACUUCCCGUUUGGAGUGGAUGGAAUGCUUGCUGGCUCUGCAACAGUCUUUGUUGCAUACAUUGGGUUUGAUUCAGUGGCAAGCACCGCCGAGGAGGUGAAACAUCCACAAAGGGAUUUGCCACUAGGAAUAGCUGCUGCACUUUCUAUAUGUUGUGCAUUAUAUAUGCUGGUUUCUGUAGUUGUCAUUGGUCUGGUACCCUAUUAUGCUAUGGAUCCUGAUACACCUAUAUCUUCUGCAUUUUCAAGUCAUGGAAUGCAUUGGGCAGCAUAUAUUAUUACUGCUGGAGCAGUUACAUCUCUCUGCUCAACAUUGAUGGGUUCACUUCUUCCUCAGCCACGAAUUCUCAUGGCAAUGGCUAGAGAUGGUUUGCUGCCAUCCUUUUUCUCAGAUGUCAGCAAAAAAACUCAGGUUCCCGUGAAGAGCACUGUGAUUGCUGGAAUUGUUGCUGCACUGCUGGCAUUCUUUAUGGAUGUUUCACAAUUGGCAGGGAUGGUCAGUGUUGGUACACUACUGGCGUUCACUAUGGUGGCUAUUUCUCUUCUAAUAAUAAGAUAUGUGCCACCGGACGAGGUGCCACUUCAAUCAUCACUUCAGGAUUCUAUAGAUGCAGUUACAUCACGAUACAAUGGCAUUACGCAGGAUUUUGGCACUUGUCAAGAUAUUGCCAAACCUUUGCUUGAUAAAGUAGCUGUGGAAGUCGAUUUUCCUGUGCUUUUAAAGCAAGUAGCUGAAGGCAGUUAUACACUAAGUGAUGAAAAGAGAAGGAAAAUUGCUGGUAGGAGUAUCAUGCUUACUUGUGUUGGAGUUUUGGUCCUCACAUCGGCCGCUUCUUACAUAGGUCUUUCCAGUAUGUUUCGAUACACAUUGUGCGGAGUGGGGGGUGGUCUUGUUCUAUCUGGGCUAACAGUGCUCACUUGCAUUGAUCAAGAUGAUGCAAGACACAGCUUUGGCCAUACUGGAGGUUUUAUCUGCCCAUUGGUUCCUCUACUGCCCAUUACCUGCAUUCUGAUCAAUGUCUACUUGCUGAUAAACUUGGGAUACGCAACCUGGAUACGAGUUUCAGUGUGGCUAGUGAUGGGAAUGCUUGUUUACUUGGUAUAUGGACGGAGACACAGCUCCCUGAGGAAUGUAGUGUACGUGCCAAUAGCUCAUGUCGAUGAGAUCUCCAACAGCUCCCAGGACAUUUUGGCAUAGCUCCUACAAUCAGCAGGUUUCUGGUUUGACUUCAAAUUUUCAGAUGUACACUAGCUACUUUGUGCCAUUUGCCAGAGUCGUUACAUAUUCUUUUUAUGGUAAGAAGGACCCUACUCGAGUUGAUGCUCUCGCAAGUAAAUAAAAACCAACUCAGCUUUGCAGGUAGCCAGGAGAGUGGGGGAAAGGAUAAGGGAAAUCCUUUGUGAUCCUAAAGUCACAAGAUGAAACCCUAACCUACUACAUCAAAUACUAUUUGGUUUAAAAGACUUGUUACAUAGGAUCGUUCAUGAUGAUUUCAAUACAAUAGUGUCGAUUUAAAUUGUGUAUACAUGUAUCAAAUUGCUAUAGAAGCCUACAACUUGUAAAUACAUGUUACAAUAUAAUUUAUGUCAAAGAGUUCCUUGAUAUGGACAAUUUUUGUGAA